GGACAUUCUUAUAGAUAAUCUCUUGCUCUAUCAAUCUUAUCAUUUUGGGGUUCAGGAUGAAGAACUGAAAGACAUCAAAGUUGAGGUAAAAGAGGAAGAAGAGGAGAUGAUGGUGAGUGGAGAUCAGCAGUCUAUGGAGGAGUCGCAGAUGAUUACGAAAAGUGAACAGGCGGAAUCUUCACUUUAUAUCGACACAAGUGGACACUACGUCUCGAAAAAUAUAUCUUCAGAAUAUAAAGCCACAUCACAAUGUUCUCCCGGAGUAAAACGCAUUACACAAAUAAUACAUCAUAAAACCUAUCAAAUGGAGAGAUCCUGGGAUUUCUCUGAUCCUGAGGAAUCUUCUGAUGAUCCACAUACUAUUAUUAUUGAAUCUCACAGUAUAGAUCCAUCAACAGAUCCAUCAAAUCCCGAGGAAUCUUCUUUAAACCAUGAAGGAUCUCACACAGGAAAGCGCUCCUUGUCAUGUAGAAUGUCUGGGAAAGCUUUGAAAGAAACUGGAGAGCCUCGUAUACAACAGAAAUGUUAUAAGCCUUACUCAUGUCCGGAGUGUGGGAAAUAUUUCAAUCAGAAAAGCACCUUAAUUAUUCACCAGAGAUCUCACACAGGAGAACGUCCUUAUUCUUGUUCAGAAUGUGGGAAAGGUUUCAUUCAGAAAGGAACCCUUCUUAAACACCAAAGAAUUCAUACGGGUGAGCAUCCCUACGCAUGUUCAGAGUGUGGGAAACGUUUUAGUUUUAAGGAAGUACUUACUCGACACCUGAGAAUACACACGAGUGAGCAUCCCUAUUCGUGUCCAGAGUGUGGGAAGAGUUUCAAAUGGAAAGGAAAUCUUCUUAUACACCAGAGAGGACACACGGGUGAGCUUCCUUUCUCGUGUUCAGAGUGUGGGAAAGGUUUCAUUCAGAAAGAACACCUUCUUGUACACCAGAGAAUCCACACAGGGGAGCGUCCCUUCUCGUGUUCAGACUGUGGGAAAGGUUUCAUGAAGAAAGACCACCUUCUUCAACACCAGAGAAUUCACACGGGUGAGCGUCCCUUUUCGUGUUCAGUGUGCGGGAAAAGGUUCCCCCAGAAACGUUCCCUUUAUCAACAUCAGAAAAUUCACGUAGACUAACAACCUUUUUUACAUUCAGAUGGAGAAAUAUAGAUUGGGGCAAGAGUGACCACCAGAGAACGUGUGUGUCCUACCUUGUAUUUAGAAUGUGAAACAUGUUUCGAUUAAAGAAUAUCACUUAUUGUACACCAGAA